CAGGCGGCGGCGGAGCGCGGGGCGCCCGCGGCGGGUCCAGCUGCCGCUGCACCGUGCCCAAACGCCCCUCCGGGCAGCCACCGCGCGCCGCCGGGGCCCCGGCAGGGGAGGAUGCCACACGCCCGGGCGAGCCCAGGGCAGCGGCGGCGGCGGCGGCGCGAUGGUGGUGACCGCGUCUGCCCGCGGCAGCGGCGGCGGCGGGGACCGCGCGCCCUCCCGGCGGCCGGGCUGCGCGCUGGCGCGGGCCGGGGCCGUGGCGCUGCUGGCCGGGGCGAGCUGCCUGUGCUACGGCCGCUCGCUGCAUGGCGAGUUCGUGCACGACGACGUGUGGGCGAUCGUGAACAACCCCGACGUGCGGCCCGGCGCCCCGCUGCGCGGCGGCGUCUUCUCCAACGACUUCUGGGGCAAGGGCAUGGCCGAGAACACCAGCCACAAGUCCUACCGGCCGCUGUGCGUCCUCACCUUCAAACUGAACAUACUGAUGACUGGCAUGAACCCCUUCUACUUUCAUGCAGUCAACGUGGUCCUGCACUGCCUUGUGACGCUCGUGCUGAUGUACACCUGCGAUAAGACCGUCUUCAAGAGCCGCGGGCUGGGCUUUGUCACGGCACUGCUGUUUGCUGUACAUCCUGUUCACACUGAGGCGGUGGCCGGGAUUGUGGGCAGAGCGGAUGUGUUGGCGUGCCUGCUGUUCCUGCUGGCCUUUCUCUCCUACAAUAGGAGUCUGGGUCCCUGUCAUGCUGCGGGGUGUUUUCCUCCCACGGCUUCGCCCACCUUCUUGCUGCUCAGUCUGUUCCUGGGGACCUGCGCCAUGCUGGUGAAAGAGACGGGCCUCACUGUGUUCGGCGUGUGCUUGGUUUACGACCUCUUCUCCGUCUGCCACCAGCAAGAGAAGCCGAGCAAUGGGGUCAUCCAGCCGUGCGGUCCCCAGCAGCCUGCGAGCGCCCAGCCCUCCUCACCACCGGCCCACCCUCCCCGCGAGAAUGGGAGGCAGCAGCGGCUCCCUCCCAAAGGCUCAUGGGGUGGCUGCCACGCCACACUGCCACCGGAACCAGAGAGCAGUGGAUUCCCGAUGUCUCCUCGAGCUGUGUGGUCCCUGAUGAGGUAUCUGACAGCAAGCAGCAAUAGACAUUUCCUGGUUACCAUGAGGCCGUUUUUAAAAAGGGCCGUUUUGGUCAUAAGUUAUGUCACUGUCAUUUUGUCCUUGCGUCUGUGGAUCAUGGGAGGAUCCAUGCCCCUGUUUUCCGAGCAGGAUAACCCAGCUUCGUUUUCGCCUUAUAUUCUUACAAGAUUCCUUACUUAUUCCUACCUCUUGGCCUUCAACGUGUGGCUUCUGCUCGCACCUGUUACCCUGUGCUAUGACUGGCAAGUGGGCAGUAUUCCCCUGGUGGAGAGCGUCUGGGACUUGCGGAACUUAGCCACCCUUCUGCUGGCCGUGGUGAUGGCCUUGCUGACUCUGCACUGCUUAGCAGCCUUCAAGAGACUGGAGCACAAGGAAGUCUUAGUGGGCUUGUUGUUCCUGGUCUUGCCGUUCAUUCCAGCCAGCAAUCUCUUCUUCAGGGUGGGCUUUGUGGUGGCCGAGAGAGUCCUUUACAUGCCUAGCAUGGGCUACUGCAUCCUUUUUGUGCACGGACUGAGCAAGCUCUGCACAUGGCUGAACCGAUGUGGGGCCACCACCCUGAUGGCGUCCACCGUGCUGCUGCUCCUGCUGUUCUCCUGGAAGACCGUGAAACAGAAUGAAAUCUGGCUGUCGAGAGAGUCCCUUUUCAGGUCUGGAGUUGAGACUCUGCCGCACAACGCCAAGGUGCACUACAACUAUGCCAACUUCCUGAAGGACCAAGGUCGGAACAAGGAAGCCAUAUACCACUACAGGACCGCCCUCAAGUUGUAUCCACGCCACGCGAGUGCCCUGAACAACCUCGGGACCCUGACGAGGGACACGGCGGAGGCGCAGAUGUACUAUCAGAGGGCUCUGCAGCUGCACCCCCAGCACAACCGGGCCCUGUUCAACCUGGGCAACCUGCUAAAGUCCCAGGAGAAGAAGGAGGAAGCUAUCACCUUACUGAAGGACUCCAUCAGAUACGGCCCGGAGUUUGCAGAUGCUUAUUCAAGCUUGGCUUCUUUAUUGGCUGAGCAGGAGAGGUUUCAGGAAGCGGAGGAGAUCUACCAGGCUGGAAUCAAGAACUGCCCGGACAGCUCCGACUUACACAACAACUACGGGGUGUUCUUAGUGGAUUCUGGUUCUCCAGAGAAGGCCGUGGCCCAUUACCGGGAGGCGAUCAAACUGAGCCCGAGUCAUCACGUGGCCAUGGUGAACCUGGGCCGGCUGUACAGGUCACUCGGAGAGAACGGCGCGGCGGAAGACUGGUACAAACGCGCCCUGCAGGUGGCACGCCGAGCCGAGAUACUGUCCCCUUUGGGCGCGCUCUAUUACAACACCGGCCGAUAUGAGGAGGCGUUGCAGGUGUACCGGGAAGCUGCAGCCCUUCAGCCUUCUCAGAGGGAGCUCCGCCUGGCGCUGGCCCAGGUUUUGGCCGUGAUGGGUCAGACGAGAGAAGCCGAAAGGAUGACCACGCACAUUGUGGAAGAGGAUAGCGGGUGCCUGGAAUGCUACCGCCUCUUGUCGGCCAUCUACAGCAAGCAGGAGCACCACGCCAAGGCCCUGGACGCCAUAGACAGGGCGCUGCAGCUGAAACCAAAGGACCCCCACGUCGUCUCCGAGCUGUUCUUCACCAAGGGAAACCAGCUGCGAGAGCAGAACCUUCUGGACAAAGCUUUAAAAAAAAAAAAAAAAAAAAAAAAAACAAGUAUGCCAUUAAGUUGCGUCAGUUGCCAGGGAGGGGACGAGCUUGGCACAUGUGUGGAGUUGAUGUUCCAGUGGCCUGGCUUACCGUUGGACGGUUCUGCUUCCUGUGGCUUUGGCCUCUGCGUGAUCUCCCACACCACCACAUCCCACCUGAUGUUCAGAGCAUGCGCAGUUUGGUCUGAGACUAGCUUUGCCCUCUCUCUUUGUCCCUGCCUGCCUGCAGGACCCCGUAAUGGCAGCAGGGCUGGUCUGGGGAGUUUGCGCAGGUGCUGGAACCUUCCCGCUUGAGCAGCUUCUCGCUCGCCUGCUCAGUCUUUGUCCUCCUCCCCCAGGAAGCCCUCCUGACUACACUUGCUCCAAGGGCCCCUCAUUCUUUGGGAUUCUGGAAGCACGUGCUAUCUCCCUGUGGCUGCAGUCAUAGGAAGACGUCCUGUGUCAUAUCGCUGGGUCGCCACCCUCCCCGUCAAUCCCUUCUGCUCCUUUUCCCACUCUGCAGGAUCUGCCUUCCUAUCUUGGGCUUUUACUCUGGUUUAAAACAGUGUCUUGCACCUUACAGUUGUUCAAUAUCCCC